AUGACUAUGUACCGUGGUAAGCUUUUUGGCCGUAAAAUUCUUUUCGCCUCGGCCAAAAACUUAACCCGUGACGUAUCAGGAAGAAAGAGGACUGUAUGUGAGAAUGUUCUGGCUCCCCAUGGAGAUGAUGAUGAUUUUGUGCAGACUCCGACAGGUGAUGUCAGUUGGGGGCGUAAGAAUGGCGGUGCAGAGCUGAAGAAAGCGAUUAAACGUACAGAACUAUAUGGAUUUCCGGAUGUGGCACCAGUCUCUGAUGAAAUGGGAGGGGAUUUUGAUGAACUUGAUUUGUCAAAUGAAGAUGGAGAGAUAUGGGUUGGGAAAAAGUUCAGGAACAAGGAACACUUUGAAAUCAUGUUGGCCAUCAAUGCGCUGAAGAAUAUAGUGACGUUCGAAUUCAAAAACCAUGCGAAGAAGUACACAGUCGCCGAAUGUCCAUCAAAGAUAUGUGAUUGUUUGGGGUGUCAAGUUGGCGAGUCGGCGUUGUAUGAGGUGAGGAAGGCGUGUUUGAAGCAUACAUGCCACCCGGAUACAAGAAAGAAAUUUUCUAAACAUGCUACUUCUAAAGUCAUGGCGGCUCUGCUGAAGUCUAAGUAUGAGAAUGCAAUAGUUGGUCCACGUGCGAGUCAGCUACCUGCGAUUGUUCUCUCCGAAUAUAAUAUUACAGCCUCGUACUGGAAAUGCUGGAAAGCUAAGGAGCUGGCUAUAUACUCUGCUCACGGAACAGAGGAGACUUCUUUCAAAUUACUACCGAUUUACCUCCAUGUGCUCAAGUAUGCUAACCCCGGCACCAUAACGCAUUUGAUAACCGAGAGCGAGAGAGAUGAAAAAGAUGGAAAAUGUAUUACCAGGUUUAAGUCCGUAUUUAUGGCAUUGGAUGCGUGUAUAUCUGGAUGGAAACAUUUGAAACAAGUAGCUGUUGUUGAUGGGACUCACCUGACUGGUAAGUAUAAGGGUUGUCUAUUAACGGCCAGUGGACAAGAUUCUAGUUACCAGGUAUUUCCAAUAGCGUUCGCCGUUGUCGAUGCAGAGUCUGACAAGGCGUGGAGGUGGUUCUUUGAGAAGUUGUUAGAAAUUAUUCCAGAUUCCUCUGAUCUUACUAUUAUCUCAGAUAGGCACGGUGGAAUUGCCAAAGCUAAAAAGAAAUGGUAUCCACAGUCACACCACGGUGCAUGUCUUGUCCAUAUCCAGAAAAAUGUUCACGGUAAAUACAAAGGUUCCGGUCAGAAAGGGUUGGUCGGAAAGGCUGGAGAAGCAUUCACAGUUUCUAAUUUCAAGAAACUAUACGCAAGGCUGAAGGAUGUUGAUUAUCGUUUUUGGGAGUACAUGGAAAAUAUCCCUCUUGCGCUGUGGACUAGAUCACACUUUUCUGGUCAGAGGUAUAAUAUGACCUCCAGUAACAUUGCAGAGUCUCUGAACAAUGCACUACUCGCUGCAAGAGACAGUCCAAUCGUUGCAAUGCUAGAAUUUAUCAGGCGAAUGUUAAGUAGGUGGCUUGAAUGCAGAAGAGAGAACAUUCAAAAGAUGGAUGGUGACAUUACAGAAGAGGUUGACAAGUUAAUGAACCUGCAGCAGCAAAAAUCUGCUGCACUAUUGGUUCAAGGCAUUUCUUUGUGGGAAGUUGAAGUGAGUUCUGAGUUCGGUGUACGGAGGCUUGUUGAUCUCCUAAACAAAACAUGCUCAUGUCUAGAGUUUCAGACAUUGAAAUACCCUUGCCGACAUGCAAUGGCCGCGGCUAGGCUUCGUCAAGUUGAGUACAGCAGUUUGGUUGAUCCAAUUCUUAAGAAAUCAAUUUGGAGUGCAACAGUUUGUGGCAGAAUCCUACCAGUGCCCGACCCUGACGACAUUCGUAUCCCAGCAGAGGUGCGUGACCUUAAUAUUAUGCCACCUAAAGCAAAACGUCCAUCAGGAAGGCCUACGACGAAGAGAAAACUUUCAGCAGGAGAGUAUCCUCAGGUUGCGAAAAAAAAGAAGCCUAACAAAUGCUCGAGAUGUGGAAAUGCCGACCAUAACCGGGCAAAAUGCAAGGAACCAUUGGGUUGA